AGAACAUAUCAUAGGAAAUUAAUAAGCAACAAAGAGAAAAAAAUACAUAAAAUUAAGAAAAAAAGGGGCCGGAGAGACAUGGCUAACAUGGCUGAGAAUUGGGAGCAGCUUAGUGGAAAAAACAAUUGGGAAGGAUUACUAAGGCCCUUGGAUCUUGAUCUACGUAAAUAUAUCAUUCAAUAUGGAGAAUUGGCUCAAGCAACUUAUGACACUUUCAUCACAGAGAAAGCGUCUAAAUAUGCUGGAGCUAGCAGAUACUCAAUGGAAAGCCUUUUUACUAAGGUUGGACUUGACCCCCUGAAAUAUCGUGUAACCAAAUUUUUCUAUGCAACUGCAUCCAUUCCACUUCCUGAUGCUUUCAUUGUAAAAUCAUUGUCAAGGGAAGCAUGGAGUAAAGAAUCAAAUUUUAUGGGGUAUAUUGCUGUGGCUACUGAUGAGGGUAAAGUUGCACUGGGAAGGAGAGAUAUUGUGGUUAAUUGGAGAGGAACGAUGCAGAAGUUAGAGUGGGUGAAUGAUCUUCAAUUUUUAGCUGUCCCAGGACCUAAAGUCUUUGGUGACGGAGGUUUGCUUUCUUUGCUUCAACCUUUGGUGCAUCACGGGUUCUACAAUAUUUAUACAACAGAAGAUCCACGAUCACAGUUUAAUCAGGUUAGUGCCCGGGAUCAGGUAAUUGAAGAAGUGAAAAGAUUGGUUGAGGAAUAUAAGAAUGAAGAGGUUAGUAUUACUGUAACUGGCCAUAGCCUAGGUGCGUCACUUGCAACCCUAAACGCGGUUGACAUAGCUUUCAAUGGUAUCAACAAAACAAGCGAAGGCAAGGAAUUUCCAGUGACAGCUUUUGUAUUCGCAAGUCCUAAAGUUGGGGAUCUCAAUUUUCAUAAGGCAUUUUCCAAGCUGAAUAAUCUUCAUAUCUUGAGAAUUCAUAAUGUUUUGGAUAUUGUCCCCAAAUACCCACCCAUUGGCUAUAUAGACGUCGGCGAGGAACUAAUGAUUGACACCACAAAAUCCCCAUAUGUGAAGCCUCCUGGAGAAGUUGUCAGUUGGCAUUUGUUGGAGCCAUACUUGCACGGAGUUGCAGGCACUCAAGGAAUAGGAAUUUUAGCAGGUUUUAAACUAGAGGUGAAUCGUGAUAUCUCACUUGUCAAUAAGCAGUGGGACAUACUAAAAGAUGAAUAUUGUAUUCCUGGGCUUUGGUGGGCUGACAAGCACAAAGGGAUGGUUCAACAACAGGAUGGAUCUUGGCUUCUCUUGGAUCGUGAGGAGUAUGACUUCUGAAAGAGUUAAGGUUUCAAAUGUGGCUUUAUUUCCUUUCAUGUAAUGUUUGAAUAAAGGGGUUUAUUACUAUAUAAAUAUGUAUUAUUCUUCCUCUUAUAACAGAGGAUAAACUUGUAUGUUCUUCUAUUUCUUUAAUGCCUAAUAUGAGUUUUAACU